UUGGUACAUGACAUGAACCAGUACCAUCCACGAUCAAGUCAAGUACCUCUGGCAUUGGAUGGGGAGAUUAGGCAACCAUGCCUUGGAUUGUGUUGGAUGGACCACCGUUUUCAGGGCUCCUUUAGUUUUUAUAAAUCAAGGACUCAUCGACUCAUAAGCUUGAAAACGAGAGUGCAUGUUAGUCUCCAUGAGUUGACAUGAAAACAUGGCGGACGCUCCCAUUGAGAAGAGUCGAGAUCCAUUGAAGAUCAGCCGAGAAGAACAGAAUCAACAUUUAGAAGACAUUCUGGAACUAUCAGGAGGCUUUGGUCGAUUCCAAGUGUUCCAAUUGGUCAUCUCACUGAUCUUGUCUAUACUGUGCAGUUGCAAUCAUUUGGGAGCCAUUUUCGUCUCAUUCUCACCUCGAUUUCGAUGUGGCAACUCAUCCCCAGUGGCCCCCCUCGACCAAAACCUGACAUUGGAUGAGACAUUUUCAUCCAAUUGCUCGGACCGAUGCUUGACCCAUGAGUUUGACGAGAGCACGAUGGUCCGUACUUUUGUGACCGACUUUGAUCUGGUUUGCGAUCGCCUCUACUUGCUUCCCACUCUCACCGGAGUCUAUAUGGCAGGGAUAGUGGUGUUCAAUGGGGCAGGAGGGAUUCUCUCGGAUCAUUUUGGACGACGGAAAGUAAUCCUGUUCCUCGGUGCUCUCCACAUCCUCUCGGCCUUCGUGACGAUUCUGGUUUCCUCAUCGUAUGUGGGAAUCAUGGUCCUGCGAUUCUUUGUAGGGGGUUCCAUUCACGCCAGUUGGUCAGCCUUUUUUGUCCUGGCCUCGGAACUGACCGUGGAGCGUCGGAGAGGCGUGUCCGGGGGGGUCUUGAACUUUGGGUGGAAUCUGGGCACGAUCUUCUUGGCCACUGUGGCUUUCCUCUUGCGUGAUUGGCACCUUCUACAAUGGGUCUUUGCCGGCAUGUCUCUCGUCAUGGUUUCGUAUUACUUCUUGGUUCUUGAGUCGCCCCGGUGGCUUUUGAGACAGGGCAAGUUCAUUGAGGCCGAAAAUGUCUACUUCAGGAUCGCCAAGGCCAAUGGGGUGAAUGAUCCUACCGUUCUCGAGUUAAUGCAACAAAAGCUGGACAUGGUUCGGACUGUCAGUGAAAGCAUUCUCAUUGAACAAGACCAAGGCUUUUUGAAGGACGGCUCAUUUCGAUCGUUUUUGAAACAAGCCCAGGAAAGGAUAGCCGAGUUGCUUCGCAAUCAGGAACUCGUCAAACGAUUUGCUCUGAUGUCGAUUCCUUGGUUUGCCAUUGGAAUGGCAUCGUACGGUAUUCAUUUCUCGGCCAAACUAGUGGCCUUUGACAUCUUUAGUCUGACAAUCAUUAAAGAAGCGACCGUCAUUGUCACCAUUGGUGUCCUCGUGGCUUUCUACGCCGAGAUGAGACGAACCAUAACCCUGUUUUUGCUGUGUGGCUUAAGUGGGGGAUUCUGUAUCGCAUUCCUGUUUUUGGACGAGUCCCUCUCGUUGACAAGGGGGAUUUGGUUGAUCGUCUGCCAGGCAUUGAUCACAUCCAAUUUCUUUCUGCUCAACACGUACACGGCGGAAGUAUUCUCUACGGACGUGAGGAAUUCAGUAUUCUCGCUCAUUGAAAGCUUCGGCAAGUUUGGAUCCUUGCUUGCCCCUUUUGUGGUGGAUUUGGGCGGAGAGACCCACCGUGGUCUGCCUCCGGCCGUCUUUGGCAUGUUCCUUGUUCUGGCCGCAGCCGUCUUCCUCUUCAUGCCCGAGACCAAAAGUCAACCAUUGACCCAAGGGGUGGAAGACCUCAAGGAUGAAAAGAACUCCAUUGCAGUCCUUUGCUCCUCGAGACUAAGAAAAUAAAACCCAAUGAAUUCCGCA